AUGAACAGGCGUGUCAAGCCGCUACAGAGCAGUGCUGAAGCCACUGUCGCCAUGCCGGGGACCGUUUCUGCCGACAAAGUGCACCGGGCACUACUCAAAUUUAUAACCGAUGGCUCAUUCCCGGAAUCAGAGUCCAUAACCGAAGCGGAGUACCCCUUCACAGCUCUACCUGCCGGACUUGAGCAGAUAUCUGAGGCGAGACAGAGGGUUGAGAAAGAAAUCAGUGCCCUGAGCCAGGACAAAGCGUCCGACGUCGAUGAAUGGAUAUCGCAAGCAAAGCAGCUUCAUAAGGACAUAGAACGAUCGAAACUGACGGCAAGGGAAAUUGUCAAAAAUUAUGAGAAAGCACAAGCUAUACAGAAUCAAGUUGAAGACACAGCAGCCAAAGUCAGCCUUUUAAAGCGCGAAACUGCAUUUACACAGUCUUUAAGGGAAACCCUCGAGAACGCGCGCAUCAUUGAUAAUAAUAUAGAUGCUGCCCAGGCCUGCGGAAACGAUAACAACUUGGAAAUAGCAAUCCAGAAACUUGACCUGGUUAACCAGGACUUGGAUCAACUGACUCUGCCCCAAGACUCGACCAUUAUUACCAUACUAGCCGACAAGGCUUCCACCGUCCGAAGCUCUCUGUGUGGCACGCUACAACAUUCAUGGAGCAACUUAGUUCAUAUUGACAAAGCGGGAAUACUCACCGUUAAAGGAGAUGAUAUAUCUGUGUUAGACCGGCAUUUGAACUGGCUUUCAAAUCUGGGAAUCUUGGAGGCUAGUCUUAUUUCUUUUCGGGAAGAGCUUCUAAGUCACGUUCUGCAGCCCGUUUUAUCUCCUUCUCGGACCGGCCCAUAUAAUCUCCUCUCUUCUAGUGAGAACUAUAUCCAACUGAAGAGUCAAGUUGCAAAGCCUACAAUAUCAGACGUUCUAGGCUCGAUCCUCUCCCUGUUUACAUUCAUCCAGAACAAAAUCCCACCUAGGGUUCUAGAAGUGAUCUCUACCACUCUCUCUACCACUUCAUGUCAGCUCCUAAUUUCAGAAUGGAUGUCACCGGCUAUACCCGUGGCUGUUGAGGACAUGAAUGCCUUUGAGCGUACCUUGGACGAAUUACCGCAAUUUUCCAAAUCUCUGGCUGAACUUGGGUGGCAUGUACCUCUUGAGCUAGGAUCCUGGAGAAGCCAAAUCCCUCGGUUGUGGUUAUCUCGCCGACGUGCCCAUGCUUUAGACCGUGUCAGGUCGAUUGUAUACCGUCAUUCUGGGGAAUAUAAAAAGGCCGAACGGAUAGAAAAGCAGCAAGUGUCACAGUCUAAUAGCAUAUUUCAGGGAAAUAGUGAGGAAGCAGAGGUUGAAGAUGACUGGAAUGCCAACUGGGAGGAUGAGAAUGAGGAAGUAGACAAGAAAAGCGCCGGAACUAAAGUAACUGACCAUGAGGAUGAAGACGUUAGUGCGUGGGGACUAGAUGAUGAUGAGGAAGAUAAGCCCCAAGAAGGAACGAGCAUGAAAAAAGGAGAAGACGGCGAUGACGAUAUAGACGACGCCUGGGGAUGGGGCGAAGACGAAGCAAGUGACAACCCGACUGAGGAAAAGCCAUCAACCUCAGCGAGCAAGGCGCCAAAGACGAAGGAAGAUAACAAGCCAUCGCAAGCCUCAAAAGAGGUUGUCCUACGGGAAUUCUAUACCGUUACCAAGGUACCAGACGCUAUUAUUGAAGUCAUAGGAGAUCAAGUUUCUGACUCUGAAUGCCUUAAACAACCUGAAUACUCGUCAUCUCAGCUUUCCCCAUCUGCUUCAGCUCUCCUCGGAAUCCCCACGUUAGUGGUUGCCAUGUUCAAAGCUAUGGCACCAAUCUUCUAUUCCCAAAAAUCGACUUCUAGCCAUAUGUAUCUCUACAACGACAGUAUCUACUUAGCUGAGAGACUACGAACUUUCUCUGAGGAGCAUGGGUUUUCAAGAUUAGCAGGGGAUAUAGACUCCAUCGAGAAAUUUGGACGUCUGUCGUACGGGAGGGAGAUGCAUUCCCAACGAACGAUACUGACCGAUCUUCUGGAUGGUUGCCAGGGAUUCUCAAGCUGCAAUGCUCAGCCUUACCUCGGAGAAUGCGAAAGAGCAAUCAAAGCAACGGUCGACAGAGUGAGAGGUGUGCACAGCGAGUGGAAAUCCAUACUCUCCCCCUCAGUACUCCUGCAAUCUAUCGGCUCUUUACUCUCGACGGGGAUAAACAAGAUUAUCCUAGACAUUGAAGACCUUGGAGAUAUCUCGGACCCCGAAUCCCAGCGCCUUGCUGGAUUCUGCAGCUCGGUGUCGAAACUUGAAGAUCUAUUCCUCCCAGAGGCAUCUGAGGAAAGCAGAGGAGCUGGCGAUGAGCCUAUAGCCAUGACAGCAAUCUAUGUCCCGAACUGGCUUAAGUUCCAGUAUCUUAUGAACAUAUUGGAGAGCUCCUUGGCAGAUAUCAAAUAUCUGUGGACGGAGGGCGAAUUGAAGCUAGAAUUCUCCAGCGACGAGCUCAUUGAUCUGAUCAAGGCGUUAUUCGCGGACUCAGAGCAUAGGCGGAAGGCAAUAUCAGAGAUACGGAGCUCUUCAUAG